GUGUGACUGUUCGCCAGUUUCUUUCUGCGUGUCGAGAAACGCUCUACAAAGCAUUUUACUCGGGAUUUUACGUAUAAAAAAGGUGUAAACUGUUAUACAACGAUGUUAAGGAGGAAUUACGUAUCAGCAUAAUUACUGGAAACUAUACGUGACGUCUUCUUAAGAAGAGAAAGUUCAGUCUACUUGGAGGACCAGAUAUGCGAACCGCUGACACUGCACUUAGCUGCCAGAAAGUGGUUAUUCAGCAACGGGACCAACGGCUUUACAUAACUUCCGAACCACGUCGAGAGUGAACUUCUAUCACCAGAAAUACACAUCUCUCACUCAAUGGAAUGGCCGAGAAUCGAACCCGCGACCACAUGCGUGUGUUGCGGUGACUAGAUGAUGAGUGAGAUCAAGGAGCCGUCUCAGGAUCAUACUCAACAGCCACAGGAACAGUCGCAGCAGCAACAGCAGCCGCAGCAGCAGCAACAACAACAGACACAGCAGGAGCAGCCUCCUCCUCCACAGCCACCUCCAACUCCCAUUCAUCCACAGCAUACGAUCACGACCUUGGUCCCUAUGCAGGCCGCUGCCACGGCUCAGCCCAUAGUGCCUCAGGGCUCGCCACAGGUCGGUCAGCAGCAGGCGGUGCCCCAAGCAACGAUGACCCAGGUUAUGCAGCAGGGACCGCAGCCGGCCCAUUCGCCCCAUGCAGUAGCCACCAGUAUGACUCCACAGUCACCACAGUUCUAUGUGCAAGCAUCCUUGGCCUCCGGGAUGCAGCCAGCACCUCCAGCCAUUGCCCCAGCUCCGGGGCCUCAGACAAGUACCACUACUGUUUCGGCCUUGCAUCAACCCCUUCAGCACCAUCUGCCUCAAACCAUCGCUCAUCCUGGGGUCUCACCCUCCCCCAUGCCACAGUUUUCCCCUCAGGUACAGGUAAUUCAAGGUGGAAUACCUGGAGGAUCUUACCUACAACAGGUAUACCAGAAUGCACAAGGACAGCUUAUUAUGCCGAGUAAUUUAACUUUGCAACCAGCACCUGGCAUGAAUGCCACACCUAUUCAACCAAAUACUUUGAAUGGAUUAAAUCAACCCAUUCAGGUAAUAGCAGCUGCCACAGGAAAGCCUUUCCAAGGACAAAUAGCUCCUCACAUGCUAACAACCACAGGAAAAACUGGAGUUCUUCAAGCUGGUGGCCAAGCUGGAUAUUCUCCUGCAGCCAUACCCACAACUGGAAGUCAGACGUUGGUUAUUGGCCAAUUGCCUGUGGGUGUUAUUAGCAGUCAGCAACACAAUAUUCUUCCCGCUCAUUCUGCAACUCAUAAAUCAGCAGAUAUGCAAAAGCAGGCAAUUUCUUGGGCAACUCAAAGUACUCUGCAUUCACCAGCACUUUUGGCUCAAAAUCAACCUAUUUUUAUUCGAGGUGCCCAGCCAGGACAAGAAAAUGUAUUUAUUUCAAAUCCUCAGCCACAGACAAUGCAUGUCCCAAAUUACUCUUGUUGGCGUAUGGAAAGCGGCGAGGAGGGAAGAGGGAGAAGGAGUGGUUAUUGUUUGGAAGGGGAAUCCCCCUCCAUAAGGACUUCAGCCAUGAUGCCACCACUGCAGUCUAUGCAGCAAGGACCGCAGGCACAAAAGCCACGGUCUGGAAUGGAAAUGCCUGCUAACAUACAACCUAAGGCUCCAACUAUGCGUCCAACAAUCCUUCCCUCCAACUCUCCUCAGAUUCGUCCAGGUGCAUCAGUCUCAACACAGACAGCUGGUCAGCAGUUGGCUCCAGGUCACAUGCCUGCUCCAAGACCUCAGAACAAGUUGAGAGGCAAAAGUGGAACCAACCGCACUUCACCAGCAAUUGCUGGAACUACUCAAAUAGCCUCUGCACAGGUAGCCCAAAAUACAGUAGCAGUUGCUGCAACUGUUGCAGCUGCAGUGACUGCAACGCCAACAGCAGUAGCAGUGAAUGCUGGAACUCAAGUGAUGCAACAACAGGCUGCUGUCACUCCAGUGACAGUAACAAACCCACCAACUACUGUCUCAACUCAGAAUAAAAUUUCGCAAGCCCCAUCUAUGCAAGUCAUCACUAAUAUGACACAAACUAAACCUGGAGGCCCAAUGGCACCACCUACUGCACCUCUUCCUCCAGCUGGACAGCCACCUCCAGGCUUACCACCACUUGUACGAGCUCCAGUAACUAAAACACAGCAAGCUAAUGUUGCUGCUAUUCCUCAAGUUACUGUGGCAGCUACCCCUCCAACGCUAAUACCAAGUUCAACUCUACAAACUCCAACCCAAGUACAACCUAUUACUUCACAAGCUCCAACAUCAUCUCCCUCCCCAGUUCUUGCCACCACAACAAUGCCACCUCCACAGGUGACUGCAGUGACUUCAGUUUCAACACCACUUCAACCACCUUCUCUUGCUCCAGCUGUAGCAGCUGUUACUUCAACACCAAAUACAAUUCAACCUAAACAAGAAAUGAAGCAAGAACCUCUACCUAAAAAAAUUACCCCAAUAGCACCUAUAACUGCACCAACUGUUGUUCCUGUGUCCAAUGUUGUAACACCUGUCAGUCAGCCUCAGCCACAGGCUCAGCAGCCUCCACCAACUCUUACAACAUUAAAUGGUACCCCUCCGUCUAGUGAGAGUGGUGAAGUGAGUGAUAAGCCUCUUCAGCCCACUGUAAAUGGAACUGCCCAUCCAGUUGUGCCUCAGCCUGCAACAACUGGACCUCCAAAGGCCAUGGUGAAACCACAAGUUCUUACUCAUGUAAUUGAAGGCUUUGUAAUUCAUGAAGCUUCUGAACCGUUUCCUGUCAGGAGCUCAUCAUUAUUAACAGAGAUUCCCAAACCAAGACCACCCAACUACACCAAUACAAUUCCUGUAGCAGCUGUUACUUCUUCUGCACAGUCACCAAUUGGAGGACAAGCAGAAAAGGAAAACCUACCAGAUGAUGAGGCCAAUAGAAAGAAAGGUAAUGACCUGACAGCUACUUCACCCAAAGGAGAUACAGCUAAAUGUGAAUUUUGCGGAAAGACUGAUUUACGCUCUAAAUUCAAGAGGUCAAAGAGAUUUUGCAGUACAUCCUGUGCCAAAAGGUACAAUGUUGGUUGCUCAAAAAGGAUAGGACUUUUCAAGAAUCCUGAUGAACCUCCAAGUAAACGGUUACGUGAAGAUGGAACUUUGGAAGAAGUGGAAUCUACUCCAACUACAGAGCCAGAAGAACCCCAAGAAACGAAAUGCAUGCUUAUGGAAACUGGAGAAAUGACUGAGGAGGAGGAUGGGUUAUCUACACCUGAGUCACCUACGAAGUCUCAAAGAGUGGAUAUUUUAAAAUGGACGGUGAAAGAUGUAGUGGAUUUCAUACAGAACCUUCCUGGUUGCAAGGAAUAUGCAGAAGAUUUUGCACUUCAAGAAAUUGAUGGUCAAGCUCUGAUGUUGCUAAAAGCAGAUCAUUUAAUGUCUGCCAUGUCAAUGAAACUUGGCCCAGCUUUGAAAAUUUGUGCUAAAAUUGAAUCUAUGAGAGGUGACAGAAAAGAGACUUGAAUGUGAGAUAUUCUUGUAGUGCAGCACUCAGUUUGUAUUAUAUUCGACAGAAAGAAAUUUUAAUAAAAUUCAGAAAAUAUAUUAUUUGGUAAGACUAACAAAUAGCCUUACUCGUUGUUGAAAUUAUAAGUUGUAUUGACCUCACAGAAAGUUUGAGAAAUUUCCUUCUGGUUAAAGCACUGUAAAUAGAAUUUUUUGUAUUUAGAAAAAUAUAUGGACAAAUAACAAAACACUUUGACUGUGAAAUUCUUUGCACUGCCGUAAUAGGUUAAGACCUUUUUCACUAUUUUUUAGUGUUAGACUGAAUGUAGGUCUGUUGUUAUGUAUAGGUGAAUGUGAAAUAUAGCGCUCUGGAAUAUUUACAGGCAAAAUGCUGGUUGGAGGUUGAUUAACAAUAAGAAAUAGUGUUUUGCCUGAUUGAUUCCAUCGUCGAGGUGCUUGUACAUAUUCUAGUUAUGGAUCUCAUUAACUUUUAAUUAUAUUCUCACAAACUGUGCAAUUAUAAAAACAAAUAAUCCUUUGUAAUCUGCUAUGUAGGUUCUGGGAUCAAUAAUGUAAUUAGUAUUAAGAUUGUACAUUACCCCUAAUAUGAAACAAGUAGACUGAAAAGGCUGUGUGCAGUCACUUAAAAAGAUUUUUUUUGUUUUGAUACAUUCUAUAAGUAUUUGUUAUUAUUUCAGUUCUGUAAGUAGUUUUUGAAAGUAAUAAUAUUCAGUUUUGUAUAGUAUAGUAUUUAAAUUGAUGGUAUUAUUGUAAAUUUUUGCAAGAUACUGAAACCAUUUAGGAAAUAUGUAAUGGUUUUUAUGUUCGCAUUACUUCAAAAGUCUUCAUAUGUAUGAUUGGGGUUUGAGAAAUUGUAUACUUGAGAAUCAGUAGUAAACUUGAAUGUUUGUACAGCAGAAUGUUUUGUAUAUUAGUUAGCUAUUUGGUUGUUGCACUCAUUGUAACACUCCAUUUUCUUAAAUACAUAAAGACUAAAAAAAAUAA